UGGAGCGCGCAGCGCGCAGAGGAAGCUGCUUGCUUGACAACCAGCGAGCGGUUGGGACAACAAGAUAGACGACUCGUUCGGAUCACGCGAUUAAACAUCACACCGCGCUUGUCAACACACUCUCAACACCCCCACAGAGGAUUUUGGCACUUCGCGUAUAUGUAGAGAUCAGCAGUCUUUGACAGCUUGCCACCAUGACGGCUGAGGAGAUCAUAAAUGUGAAGGAGGUGGAGAUCAUUAAGGUGAUCUUGGACUUCCUGAACUCACGUAAGCUUCAUAUCAGUAUGGUGGCCCUGGAGAAGGAGAGCGGGGUUAUCAAUGGCCUUUACUCCGAUGAUAUGCUCUUCCUUAGGCAACUUAUUCUAGAUGGACAGUGGGACGAAGUGCUGCAGUUCAUUCAGCCUCUCGAGGGUCUUGAUAAAUUUGACAGGAAAAGGUUCCGCUACAUCGUUCUGAAGCAGAAGUUUCUAGAAGCUUUGUGUGUGAACAACGCAAUGUCUGCGGAAGAUGAGCCACAGCACUUGGAGCUAACCAUGCAGGAAGCCGUGAAGUCUCUUCAUGCUCUGGAAGAGUUUUGUCCAUCUAAAGAUGACUACAGCAAGCUUUGUCUUCUCCUGACGCUGCCUCGCCUCACCAACCACUCUGAGUUUAAGGACUGGAACCCAAGCACUGCGCGCGUCCAGUGCUUCGAGGAGGCUUGCGGCAUGGUGGCGGAGUUCAUUCCCGCCGAUCGGAAGUUGAGCGAAGCCGGCUUUCGCGCCAGCUCCAAUCGUCUGUUCCAGCUUCUGAUCAAAGGCGUUCUGUACGAAUGUUGCGUAGAAUUCUGCCAGAGCAAAGCCACCGGAGAAGAGAUCACAGAGAGCGAGGUGCUUCUGGGUAUAGAUAUGUUGUGCGGGAACGGUUGCGACGACCUCGACCUGAGUAUGCUGUCUUGGAUGCAGAACCUGUCGCCCAGCGUCUUCUCCUGCGCCUUUGAACAGAAGAUGCUCAACAUUCAUGUCGAUCGGCUCGUGAAACCUGCCAAGACCGGCUACGCUGACCUCCUUACUCCGCUUAUCAGUAAGCUCUCCCCGUACCCCGCAUCCCCCCUGCGACGACCGCAGUCGGCAGACACCUACAUGUCCCGAUCUCUGAACCCGGCGUUGGAUGGGUUGUCCUACGGCCUGUCUGGGCAAGAAAAGAGGGGGCAAAGGACAAAUGGAGGGCAAACCUCACCCAUGUCGCACUCGUUUGCUAACUUUCACCAACUGAACCGUAGUGUGAUGAUGGACAAUUCAGGAUGUCAUAGCAUCUUUGAGGAGUCACCUGAGAGCUCCAGAACUGAAACUCCAUCUGAUAAAAUGAUGAACUCACCUGUUCCUCAAAACUCUCGCCCAGCCUCUGCCCCAGGUGAGGACGCCCCAGCACCCGGUUCUGCAGAGAAGAAUGAGCUACGGGACUCCACAGAGCAGUUUCAGGAGUUUUACCGCCAGCGUCUGCGUGUGCAACAGCAUCUAGAACAGAAGCAGCAGCAGAGGGAACUAUACCAGCAGAUGCUGCGAGAAGGCGGAGUCCAGCAGAAUGAGACCCCGCCCACUGCUAAGCCCAAUCUCACGGAGACCUUCCUCACCAGGUCUAUUCAAAAACUGGAGGAGCUAAAUGUGGGAAUGGAUGAUUUAGGAGAAGAGGUGCAGGCUCUGUCACAGCAGUGUAAUGGAGGCAGUAAUGGCAACAAUCUAUCAAAAGAAGCUUCAGCGGCACCACACACACAGGGAGAAGAUGGAGGUGUAAGUGAUGUGGUUACCAGCACUCCACAGAGAUCAGCAGUGCAGGCAGCCUUACCUACACCCAGCCAGUCACCUGUGCUACCCCUGAGCACCUCCCCUAGAAAAAACCCUGAACCCAAUGACAGCAGCUUGACCCGCUCUAAAGGCCCAGAGAAAGAGAAGUCUAAAGCUAAGUUUGUGAUGGUUAACACUCUGGAGGACACACAGGCGGUGCGAGCCGUGGCCUUCCACCCUACAGGAACUUUAUACGCUGUCGGCUCAAACUCUAAGACGCUGCGUGUGUGUGCCUAUCCUGAUACACUGGACACAAGCAGCCCGGGUACAAGCAAACCUCCUGUAAUCCGCUUUAAGAGAAACAAACAUCACAAAGGCUCCAUAUAUUGCGUGGCCUGGAGCCCCUGCGGUCAGUUGCUGGCCACCGGGUCCAACGACAAAUACGUCAAAGUGCUGCCCUUUAACCCUGAAACCUGCAAUGCUACAGGUCCAGAUCUUGAGUUCAGUAUGCAUGAUGGGACUAUCAGAGACUUGGCGUUCAUGGAAGGGCCUGAAAGCGGAGGAGCCAUUUUAAUCAGCGCCGGCGCUGGAGACUGUAACAUUUACACAACAGACUGCCAGAGAGGACAGGGUCUGCACGCGCUGAGUGGACACACGGGUCAUAUCUUGUCUCUGUACACGUGGGGAGGUUGGAUGAUAGCGUCUGGAUCACAGGAUAUGACGGUGCGUUUCUGGGACCUGCGGGUACCUAGCUGUGUAAGAGUGGUGGGCACAGCUUUCCAUGGCUCAGGCAGCCCCGUGGCGUCAGUGGCGGUUGACCCGAGUGGGCGUCUACUAGCAACAGGGCAGGAGGACAGCUCCUGUAUGUUGUACGACAUCAGAGGCGGACGCAUGGUUCAAACGUACCGGCCACAUUCGAGCGACGUCCGAUCGGUGCGCUUCUCACCCGGGGCCCACUACCUGCUCACGGGAUCAUACGACUCCAAAGUUAUCGUCAGUGAUCUGCAAGGGGACCUGACGAAACCGCUGCCGUUGACUGUAGCUGGCGAGCAUGCUGAUAAAGUUAUUCAGUGCAGGUGGCACACACACGACCUCUCUUUCAUCUCCUCUUCUGCCGAUCGCACAGUUACACUUUGGACACAGGCAACAUAGGGUCAGCACCAGCCACAAGGCCAACAGCACACACACAGACGCACACUGCAAGAACAAAGAGUCUGGAUUAUGGGAAUCUAACUUGCAUAAAAGUCUGUGGAAUUGGUUGAACAAAUAUGCGUGUUUGUGUUGCGAAUCUAUCUAUAUGUUGCGAUGGUACGUGCGUGCUUGUGUAUGAUUUUUAUGGCGGCCAUGAACCAUAUUGGGAUUGAUGUAUUACAGUAUACUUUGCUAUAUUUGUGUAAUAACCUUUAUGCAACACUGUACCGUUAAAUAUUCAUUCAAUACACUCAAUACACUCUGAUAAACACGAGACUCUGUGAUGGCAUGUCAUCUACUGUAUACCGUGGCCUUCCUCGGAUUUUAUAACGUCCCUGCAUCUACCCUGCCUAAACAUCCACUCUUUGCGAUCACAGCGCUUCUGUACAGUACCUGCUUAAAUGUUUAAAUCCAGCAUUCUUAAUGUUUAGCGUCCUUCAGUAUUUAUUAUUUGAGUUAGUUCUUUCUAAUGUAUAACAUGCUAAUUGCAACCUUGCGGAUGAAUGUUUGAAUGGCAGGUGUCUCCAUACUUGUGUUUAAAAUACUACAUCAAAAUUAAGCUGUGCCGAUUUUAAGGGAAAAGUCAACAUAAAGUGGCUGCUGUUGUACAUGAUAUUGAGUAAGUGUUAUUUAAAAUCUUUGUUUGAAUGCUUCACUUUGUGUUUGCAGUCCUUGUGAGACUCUCUUACAGUGACGGCAUGGAGAAAAGUAUUGCAUUUGAAAUUGUUGUUGUCUGUCAAUAGUGCUUAAAUGUGUUUGGGCAUUGUUAAACUUACACAACAUUUAACAUGAAAUAUGACAGUUAAUACUCUCAACUUGCACUUUUUUUGUUUCUCUCAUCUCUAUUUUGUUUGAAUUGCACUUUGUUAUGGGUUGUCCAUGUUGUAUAUGUUGUAAUGAUGUAGAUUUUAUUAUUUAAUCUCAUUAUUUUUGUUGUUAUUUAUAGUUAUACAUUUUAAAUAAAAGCCAAACUAACAUGUUGA